CAGCUGUUUCCUCCACUCCUCCCCAAGUCUUCCUCUUCCUCCUCUUCCUCUUAAUAUAUAACUCUCCCUCCUCUUUCUUAAACUACUCUUUUACCUCUCUUCUUUCUCUCUCCUCCCCUGUUUUCUUCUUCAAGCUCUCAUCUUUCUCACUAAUGGCGGACUCUGAAACCCUAACCCUGUAAACCCCACUUACUAAUCCACCUUAAUGAAACAAUACCCACCAAAAAUGAACCUACUUUAUUGCUUUUACACCCUAUUUUUGCUCCUUUUCCCUCUCUUUCCCCCUGUUUUUGCUGCUUCUAAUGGUAAAAAUAGAGAUACCCAGAAACUCCUGAGCUUUAAAUCCUCUAUCCUCAACCCAGAUACCCUCAAAAACUGGGUUGAUAACUCUGACCCUUGUCACUUCACUGGAGUUUUCUGCAACAACUCCAACUCCAGAGUUACUUCUUUGGAUCUCACCUCUCUCUCACUUUCUACUGAUUUCUCCUCUGUUUCUACCCAUCUUUUUUCCAUUGAGCUAUUAACCUCACUUUCUCUCUCCUCCUCUAACAUCUCCGGUUCUAUUGAACAACCCCCUCUGUGCUCCUCCUCUCUAUCAGAAAUCGACCUUUCACACAACUCCAUUUCUGGGUCUUUCUCUGAUUUGUCUAGUUUAUCCCUAUGUUCUUCUCUCUCUAAGUUGAAUCUCUCCUUCAAUCUUCUGGAAUCGUCUAAAGAUUUGAAGGGUGGUUCUUUUCCUGCUCGUUUUGGGCUAUCCCUAACAAGUUUGGAUGUUUCUGGGAAUCAGCUUUCAGGGGACCAACUUCUUCCCUGGGUGUUAUCUCAAGGGUGUGAGAAAUUGAGUUAUUUAGCUUUGAAAGGGAAUAAGCUUGUUGGGAGUUUUUCACUCUCAAAAUGCUCAAAUUUGGAGUUCUUUGAUGUGUCUUCCAAUAAUAUUUCGACCCCAAUUCCUGAAUUUGGGGGAAACUGCCCUAAAUUGAAGCAUCUUGAUUUAUCAUCCAAUAAAUUUGUUGGGAAGAUAGAGGGAAAUGCACUUGUUGGGUGUAACAGCUUGAGUUUGUUGAAUGUGUCAAAUAAUCAGUUCAGUGGUGGGUUCCCCACACUUCCUUCUUCUUCAAGCUUGGAGUUUGUGUACAUGGGGAGCAACAAGUUUCAAGGUUUGAUUCCUGAUAGUCUUGCUGAUGAUUUCUGCUCAAAUUUAGUGGAAUUGGAUCUCUCCUUCAAUAAUUUCUCUGGUAUGGUCCCCACUGGCUUUGAAUCUUGCAACCUGUUGCAAAAUUUUGAUGUUUCUAGCAACAAUUUCACUGGAGAUUUGCCUGUUGAUAUGUUGUUGAAAAUGGUGAAUUUGAGGAAAUUAAACCUUGCUUUUAACAACUUUGUGGGUGCUUUGCCUGAUUCUUUCUCUUUGCUUGGUAGCUUAGAAUCAUUGGAUUUGAGCUCUAAUAACAUUUCUGGGAAAAUUCCACCUGGGAUUUGUCAAAACCCUGAGGGAAAACCAAGUAAUUUGAAAGAACUUUACCUUCAAAACAAUUUGUUAAUUGGCCCAAUACCACCUACUAUUGGCAAUUGCUCUCAACUUGUUUCACUUGAUCUUAGCUUCAAUUACCUCACUGGGAGAAUCCCACCUAGCUUGGGUUUUCUUACUCAUUUGAAAGACUUGAUUAUGUGGAUGAACAAGCUUGAAGGGGAUAUCCCUACUGAGCUUAUGUACAUUCGAGCGCUCGAAAAUUUGAUUCUAGACUAUAAUGAGUUGACUGGUACCAUCCCUGCUGGUCUGAUGAACUGCACAAACUUGAACUGGAUUUCAUUGUCGAGCAACAAGUUGAGUGGAACUAUUCCAUCUUGGAUUGGUAAAUUGAACAAUCUAGCCAUCCUCAAGCUAUCAAAUAACUCAUUUUACGGCGAACUCCCACCCGAGUUGGGGGAUUGCAAGAGCUUGCUAUGGUUGGAUUUGAAUAGCAAUUUGUUGAAUGGAAGUAUUCCAGAUACAUUAGCCAAGCAGUCAGGGAAGAUGGCUAUCGGACUUGUUGUUGGGAAGAAGUAUGUGUACUUGAGAAACUAUGGAGGUAAGGGGUGCCAUGGCACUGGGAAUUUGCUUGAAUUUGCCGGGAUAAGGUCUGAUGCUGUUGAUAGAAUCCCUACCAUGUGUAAAUUUCAGCAAAUCUACCAAGGUCAUACCCAGCCAAAUUUUAAUUUCAAUGGCUCCAUGAUUUUCCUUGACCUGUCUUACAACAACCUCCAGGGUGGUAUCCCCAAAGAACUCGGAACUAUGUACUAUCUCUCGAUUUUGAACUUGGGUCACAACAAUCUCUCUGGUCAAAUCCCGGACGGUCUUUCAGGGAUGAAGAACAUUGGUGUUAUGGAUCUUUCUCACAACCAUCUCUCCGGGUUGAUACCGUCAUCUUUGGGCGGUCUUUCAUUCUUGACAGAGAUUGAUUUGUCGAAUAACGAGCUCUCGGGUAUGAUUCCUGAAUCAGCACAGUUUGAGACUUUCCCGGCUUCUAGAUUCUUCAACAACACCGGCCUCUGUGGGUAUCCCCUGCCAGCUUGUGAUAGAAACUCGGCUGGAAAAUCAUCCUCGCAUAAAAAGCACGGGAAGCAGGCUUCCCUUGCAGGAAGUGUUGCAAUGGGAUUGCUGUUCUCUCUAUUCUGCAUAUUUGGGUUGAUCAUUGUUGGAAUUGAGGUGAAGAAAAGGAGGAAGAAGAAGGAAUCUUUGCAGGAUAUGUACAUGGAUGGUAACUCACAUUCUGGGAACAACACAGCUUCUGCUUGGAAAUUUACCAGUAAUCGUGAGGCAUUGAGUAUCAACCUUGCAACCUUCGAGAAGCCCCUUCAGAAGCUAACUUUUGCUGAUCUAUUACAAGCCACAAAUGGGUUCCAUGAUGAUAGUAUGAUAGGUAGAGGUGGAUUUGGGGAUGUCUAUAAAGCUAAGCUAAAAGAUGGGAGUGUGGUUGCUAUCAAAAAGCUGAUACAAAUAAGUGGACAGGGAGAUAGAGAGUUCACUGCUGAAAUGGAAACCAUUGGGAAGAUCAAACACCGCAACCUUGUACCACUUCUAGGAUACUGCAAAGUUGGGGAAGAAAGGUUGUUGGUGUACGAAUACAUGAAAUAUGGAUCCCUCGAAGAUGUGUUGCACGAUCGAAGGAAAGCUGGGAUAAAGCUAAAUUGGGAUGCAAGGAGAAAAAUCGCGAUAGGAGCAGCUCGAGGGUUAGCUUUCCUUCAUCACAAUUGCAUCCCCCAUAUUAUUCACCGCGACAUGAAAUCUAGUAAUGUAUUGCUAGAUGAAAACUUGGAAGCAAGGGUAUCUGAUUUCGGGAUGGCCAGACUAAUGAGUGCAAUGGAUACUCAUUUGAGUGUGAGCACGUUGGCUGGUACACCAGGAUACGUUCCACCUGAGUAUUACCAAAGCUUCAGAUGUUCAACCAAGGGAGAUGUGUAUAGUUAUGGUGUUGUUUUACUCGAAUUGCUGACAGGGAAACAGCCUACAGAUUCAGCAGAUUUUGGUGAUAAUAACCUUGUUGGGUGGGUGAAAAUGCACGCGAAAUUAAAAAUAAGCGACGUGUUUGAUCCGGAGUUAAUAAAGGAGAAUCCGAAUUUAGAAAUCGAGCUGUUACAGCAUCUUAAAGUGGCAUGUGCUUGCUUGGAUGAUCGACCAUGGAAACGGCCUACAAUGAUACAAGUGAUGGCAAUGUUUAAGGAAAUACAAGCAGGUUCAGGGCUCGAUUCAAGUUCCACCAUUACAGGAGAUGAUGGAAGUUUUAGUACAAUGGGAGGAAGUUUCAGCACCACAAUUGAUGUGCUAGCAGAUAUGAGCAUAAAAGAAGUCCCUGAAGGAAACUUCAAAUAACACCCCAUCUUCCUCCAAAUUCCACCUUUUGCAGAUUCAGACGACGGUGGCGGUGUUGAAGCUCCACAAAAUUUUCCUAUACCAAAUAAAAAUGGUAUGAACAAAAAAUUUCACUGUAUCUUGUAACAAAUUAAUGUAUGUAUCAUCAAAGAAGCUUCUUUUUUUUUUUUUUUCAAUUUUAUACGUAGAUGGGUUUUGUUUAACCUCCUUUUUUUCCCCCCUUUUCUGGGGUCACUUUGUAGUUUGUACAUAAUGUAUUAGAAGUUUUAGUAGUUUUUUUCUUCUUCUUGUUGUUUAAAUUUGCUUAUUGCAUGGGCAAAUGGACAUUAAAGCAGUUGUUUAAACGUUGUUAAAUGUUAGUAGAUCCGUGACCUCAGUUUGAUAGUGA